AUGGAAACGAGGGUGGUCGAGGACACGAACGACUACCUGCGAAAAAACAAGUUCCUGCUCGAGUUCCGCGAAUUUUUUAUCGCGAUGAAGUGUUUGGGGUGGUUGCCGUGGGGCUCCACGAUCCGCAGGGUCGACGGCCAGCCCAGACUGGUGGCGCCGACCUGGGCCAAGAUCUACUGCCUCAGCUCGCUUUCCUUCGUCUCGGUCACCAACGCCAUGCUCAUGGUCCAGGCCGCCAAAGCGGUGCUGAAGAUGCCGGAGCACGUGCAGUUUUUCGGAUUCCUGUACGUGGCCACGUCGACCUUCACCAACUUCAUCCCGCUGCUGACCUUUUCGCAAAGGGGCCCGCGCCGGUGGUUCAUGUUCGAGAUGUACGAAAUGCAGAAAGAGCUGGAGCGGUGCUCGUUGACGGGCGGACUGGAGCGCAUCAAUUUCCGCGGGCACAACCGACUCGCCCUGGCCUACUGCUUGCUCGCGUCCGUGACCUUCCUGUUGGUGCGAGGGGUGGUCGGCGUGCCCGACCUGUGGAGGGCCCUGGGCAGCUUCAACGAAGGAAUCGUCAUCUACUGGCUCGUCUUCUCGGCACUGUUCAUGAAAAAACUCUCGUCGGUCAUUCUGGACGAGUACACCCUUCUGCUGGAGCUCGGAGAAAGUGGCAAAGGGACCGAACACCUGAUCCAGGGCGUGCUGACGUACCGGAAACUGUGGCUGCAACUUCUGGCCAAGGUUCGGUUCGCGGGCAACGUCAUUUCCAUGUGCGUCGGCACUUCGCUGAUCGUCAACUUCGGCCGCGCCAUUUUCGCCUUCUUCUACAUCCUGCGCACGCCCAACCCGCAAAUGCUCUCGGCCACGGUGCCCAUGUUCCUGAUUUCGGCCAGCGUCGUCACCGUUUUGUGCCAAUUCAGCCACGGCGUCAAGCAAAAGAUAUUUGACGACGUCAUGAAGGCGAUCGAGGUGACGAAAAUGAUGAGAAUCCCGAAAGCAGAAAAAAUUGCCACAAUCCGAUACUUUUCCAGGAUUUCGAAGAUUUCCCCACCAAUCACAUUUAAUUUUUAUCUCGAUUGCGACCGCAAAUUACUUUCGAUGAUGAUCGUCGCCGUCAUUGCCAACUCGAUAAUCUUGGUGCAGAUGAAUGUCAGCAGUGAAGCUAUUGAAACUGAAGAUUUCAAGCUCGUCGGAAAACUUUUGAGCGCCCAUCUCGACUCCUGGUUUUACCAAUUAAUACCAAAAAUGUUUACAAAGUAAUAAAAGUUGUCGAAAUA